ACUUUCCCCCAUCCACAACCGGACACUUUGGCACCAUAAAAACAGACUCUUAUCAGCUCUAUCCUCAACAACAAUCUAGAGAGAGAGAAAAAAUGUCAGUAUCAGCAAUAUUUGGUUCAAGGGUGGUGCUUCCACCUUCCUCCGCCGCCGUCGCAACGAAGGCAAUAGCACCGCCGCAGAGACUAGCGGUGGGCGGCGGACAUGGUGGCACAGGUUUGGUGAUUGAGUGCUCGUCCAGGCCACAGAAGAAGGGAACUAAGCAUCACAUGAAGACCCGCCCUCGUAAAACUCGCCUCUCCGACAUACGACGUGCUCCCACCAACUACCCUCCGCUUCCCCCUCUCCCAUCGGAAUGGAGUCUGGUCUCCGAUGCCACUGCCGCCGCCGCCGCCGCCGCCGCUCCGCCGCAGCCUGUCCAGCCUGAGUAAUUCUUAGUGUUUGCCCAUAAUUUUAUCUUGUUAUGAUGAUGAAUUGUUUGUUUUUGUCCGCAAUUUCAAUCUUUUUUUUGUUAAUUUGGAAGAUGAAGGCUGUAUUUUGACUCUCUAAAAAACUGUGGUUCUGUUGGAUUGAGAAUGGAGUUGAAUUUUCAGGAUAAUUAAUCCCA